AAUAAGCUGUCCUCUGGGACCUGCUAAUUGGAUGCAAGAGAGUUGAGUUAGCAUGUUUUUUUGUAAUUUACUUAACUGCAGGCCCAAGGAUAUAAUGUAAGAAUUGUAAACUCGACUAACCUGAGGUGUAAAAUAAGAACGAUAGAUGUAGACUGAGGCCAGCACCAGUCCUGACACGAAAAUCACCAGGCCAAAGGUGAGGCAGCACAGGCCAGUUGGAAAGGGUUUCCUGGGCCGGACAGGAGGAUAUCCCUGCUGCUGUAAAGAAGAGAAAAGAUGACUGGUUAGAGGAAGGGUCGGGACCUCCAUAAACUACACAUGCACAUGUGCUGCUGAUCCUUAAUAAAAGUGCAUUUAGCACUCCAGGCUGUAAACUAGAACUGUCUCUUUUCAUUUUAAUCUAAUCUUAAAGGAGGACAAUAAGUUUGAUGUGUUCUUUUUUUCCUUUUCUUUAACUGAACGACAUGUAGUUGAAUGAUGGAGCAUCAGUGAAUGUAACAGCACAUUACAAAGCCACACUAUCCUGUACAAAGCCUGAAUCGUAACAGAACUAAUUCUGACAAGAGACAGUUGCCAACUCAUUAGUCAGGCAAGGAGAUCUCGUAGACGUAGGAUGGGCUAGAAUGAGACAUGCCAGAUGCCCACCUACGGUCUCUCAGUCAAUCUGCUGCCUCUUCCUACUACUGUUGCUAUGGAGAACGGAAGCAUGGAGAACAGAUUGUGCCAGGCUCUGACGAAGAUGCUGGCACGUGGUUGUCUGUGUCUAUUCUUAGAGGCCUACUUCCAUGCUCCAUAUUUGCAGAUAUUAAAUCUAGGCUCCCUGAGUGGGAGUCAAAAUAAGGACAACUGCGUAGAGCAGGAGUCCCUCAAUUUAGGUAGGCGUAUUAAUAGAUUACACGUAUUGCUCUGACGCCUCACUUCCCAUUUUAGCCAAUCAAAAUCUACACUGUCUCUGACAUCCUUCUGUUGACGUAACAACUGAUGAAAAUUUGUGUUUGCAGAAGUGAUGGAUGCGUCAUCAGGAGGUUUUCACUGUCUGAAGUGUGAGUGCUGGGUAUCUAUAAUUACCCCUCACUGCUGAUAAGGAGUUCAGAAAUGAGGCUAAGAGAGCUGGACUUUAUGUGACAGAUCUAAGGCGUUAACAUGACCCCUGGUGAUGACCGCUGCGCGCCCUCGAUGUUUCGCAGCCAGGUCAGUCAUUCACAUGUAAAUGAACCAACAUAUACGCCCCACACAUGCCCCCUCGGAGCAGCAUUAACAGCCCAUUCUCUGAGGGCUUACUGCUGGAGUCGCACCAUCUGUCUCCCUGACAAGCUCUAACGGCUCUUUGGAUUGCACCCCAGCCUCCAGUCCAAACUUGAGCGAAAUGGCCCCCAUCCGCAACAACACACAAGGACCGGACAGGGGUGACAGUGGAGUCAGCUCUGACAGAAAGAUGAGGAAACCUCUGGUCGAAAAGAAAAGGAGGGCUCGCAUCAAUGAAAGUUUACAAGAGCUCAGAGUUCUCAUCGCGGAUGCAGACUUACAAUCAAAGAUGGAGAAUGCCGAAGUGCUGGAGAUGACAGUGAAAAGCGUGGAGAGCAUACUGCAAAGCCGUGUCGAAGAGGUAGAUGCUGUUAACCGGGAAGCCUCUGAGCGGUUUGCAGCCGGCUACAUCCAGUGUAUGCACGACGUCCACACCUUUGUGUCCAGCUUUCCGGGAAUAGACCCAGGGAUAGCAAUGGAGCUGUUGAACCACCUUCUAGAAAGCAUGCCCCUGAACUACGACGACCGACUCCAGGUGAUGCUCCCAGACAUUGUGCCAGACAACCCCGGCUGCAACAGCACUUGGUCCUUGCCUGAGAACAUGUACUCGGCCCUUGUGUCUCCAGCACCUUCCACCAUCUCCACUGAUGACCUCAGCUCUGAUCUGGAUGAGACAGACUCCGAGCAAAGUCAGGUUUCUUCCUUAGAGGAGGUAGACUGCCUUGAUGUGUUACCUGGCUCAACUUUGUCCAAGUCAGUGUGGAGACCUUGGUAGACCAUUUAAAAUGAAGACGCGUGAUAUAAACAGAUAGAUGAUUUAAUGGUUUGUGUUAGGAUGUUGGUAUAGGCCUCAGUCAAUGGCUUUAAAAAACACUGAUAAGAUGACAACUCUUAACUUAUUCAAAUGCAUGUGAUGAGCUCUUUGUAAAAUAUCUUUGAAUUGCAAUUGAACUAUUUAAUAAGUAAAAUAUCUAAUUAAAUCUUUUGGAUAUUUCAGUUACCUGUGCUGUCUACCUUUGGAAGAGUAUAGGCCUGCCUUAAGUAAAGGGGAAAUAUGCAUUUGUAAAUAUGUACUUGUUGACUGGGCUGCAUAGACAAUAGAGACACUAGAGAUGUAUUUAAACCUCUCAAAUGAUGCUUAGCAGGCUACCUCACAUAAUUUGUCUAAGGUUUAACUUUCAAUAAAUAUGAUGACAA